GUUCCCAACCGGUUCACACAGUGCACUUGACCGAGCUGUCAGAUAAAACAACAAAAGGUCACUUGGUUGCUAAAUUAUUCACAAUUUUUCACUGAAAAUCCCCACAAAAACAACUUAAUUUGUGUGCAAAAAGUUAAUAGAGAAGAUGAGCAAUAAGAAAAGUAUAUUUUUAGAGUCAGAUUCGUCAAUUCUUGAGGAUAAUUUGCGUUUUGUCCAGAACGACUUUGAGGAGGAGAUUAACACAGUGUUCAGCCAAGCUGGUGCUAAUUUACCUCCACUCAGCACACAACAAUUCAAAAUUGUUAAACCACAGCCAGGAUUCUGCAUAAAGGCUCACAGAACAGAGAAUGGUGGAAAGUUGUUUGUUAACAUUUGUCAGACGGAGGACAUUCCAGCACCUAAGGAUAUCACAGAGGAAGAAUUGAUGAAGAUUUUAAAUUCAGAUGCUCCCAAUUCUUAUAAAAUUCCCAUGAGUAUUGGAGAGCCGAGGAUGACAAAGGAUAAGGCAGGAAAUGACGCUAGAGUUUGUGAUAUUGCCAUAAAUAGUGGGUUUUUUGUGAAAGUAGAGAGUGUCAGGUUAUUCCGGGAUUUCUUGAUAGCUCUGGUCUUUGAAGCGGUAGAUGUUAAAUAUGGAAUGCCUUGUGAGGAUAAUUCUUGGGUGAUACUGAAAAAUAGAAAAUCCGUUGGUACUCUCACUACGCAUCGUAUUGAGAAUAGAGAUGCGAAAUUGGUCAAAGAUUACUAUGAAGGGGAUCAGAAUCGGGAAUCAAAAUCCCUAAUCCAGGAGAUUGAUGCACCAUUGGUCACGAAGGGGAAAGAAGCCAAGCAGAUUAGCAAUAAGAAGCAACAGGAAGCACAGUAUAAGCCCAAUCCCACUAAAUUGGCAGUUUCUCAGGCCAAUACCAAAAAACCCAAUUAUCGAAUCACUUUGGAGCCUCGAGAGGGCGAAGUGAAGCAACUUGUGGCUGAAUUUCAUAUGCCAGAAUGUGUUUCUGCUAAGGAAAUUACUCUGGAUAUUGGAGAGGAUAGGAUCCUGAUAGAGGCCAGAAAGAGAGGAUAUCUCAUCGAGGGAUUUCUCGACUAUCCUCUAAAUCAAGAUAUCUCAUCGGCAGUUUUUGAUACUGGAAGAGGGGUGAGUGGUUUCUUAAAUAAGCUCCGCCCAAAUGUAAUGUUAAGCCACACCCUUUUUACGAACUGUAUUUUAUUAAAGUGAAAGUUCCUUAAACAAUUUUUUUUCGCGAAGAUGUAACACCGCCCUAAAAAUUACUACUUUAUUCGAUAAUGGGGAUUAAUAAGCCCCGCCCACAAAGCAAACUACCGCCCUUAAAGGAAACAAAAAUAUUCAAUAGCAAUAUAUUUUUGAAAUUUAUUGCAAUUUUCUUUCAUCUUCAACAAUCUUGCGAGACGAAAAAUAAAAGUAAAUGGUUGUAAGUGAGGCAAGUGCACACUAAUAGGCGUGGUUUCCCAAGGUGGGCGUGGCAAUACUAAUUUCUUUUCUUGGCCGAAUAGUUUCACAAAAUUAGUUUUCGUUGUCUUGGGCUUCUUCAGUAAUAAUUUUUCAGUGCUUUAUUUUUUUAUUUUCACAAGCCUUGGAAAGGGGCGUGGUCUAAAUAGAUUUUUCCUUAUGGUGUAGCAGUAACAAUUACUCCCUUUACCCUGCGCCCCUAGGAACUUAUUUACCGAUUUUUCAAAUCUUAUUCACAAUUUUGAAUAAAUGUGACAAAGAAAUUAAUUUCAUAGCCACGCCCAUGGGGGUGACAUUAGCUCUAAAAAAUGCGACCAGUUUUAGUGUAAAGUUUUUCCUGUUUUUGUACACAUUUCACGAGAUAUCUCCAAAACUACGUAGGUUGCCAAUUUGGGGUUUUCGGCUGCGCAUUCUACAUUAAAUUUGCUUUUAUUUUGUAUUUGUAUUAUUUACUAAUUCAUUCUAGAAUGACAUAAAAUAGCUAAUAAACUCAAUAGUUUUUUCGGCGCGCUAAAAACAUAUGGGAAACAUAGGAAACGUCAUGUCCCUGGCCACGCCCAUUCCGGUGCUAUGAUCAAUAAUUUUUUUUUCUCUUUUAAGUAUUCUUUGAACUUUAUUGUUGUGGACAGAACGCCAUCUGACGGAAAUUUUAUGAAUUAAUAUUUUCUGGCAUUGUAAUUUAUGCCCUUCCGGCAUUUUGUCUUUUCAUUUUGUGACUUUAAUGGCGAAACACGCGUGAAUACGGCGACUAUAGAAUUUUGGUUAUUUUCUCGAGUAAGUUGUGAAAAUGGUGUAAAAUUAUGCUAUCUAUUGAAUCUAAGAGGAUAUUUCUUUUCUUUGCGAUAGGUUGAUUAAAUAGAGAUAGACGGAUUUAAUAGAUAUUAAGCGAUAUUCAGAACAAUAUUGAAGUUUUAUUAGGGAAAGACAAAGACGAUUUAUUUAGUAAUUAGGACGGCUUUUAAUCAAUUUAAUUAUUAGCUCUACUAGAUCUUCUCGGGAAUUAGCCGUGUCUCGCCGGCUUUAAGACGACGACAAAUAAAAAGCAUUUACAAAAGAAUACAGUCCACUCGAUUUGACGACGACCCCAACAUUUAUUAUGGGUUUUGGAUAAUUAUAAUCGUUGGUCGGUCUAGGGAAAUCGAAGCUAAACAAAUAAAA